CCCAGGCCCCAAGUCAUCAGUGUCACACGGAUGCGACGGGCCCCACCAUGCCCCACAGCGCCCCCCUGAUCCUGGCCUUGCUCUGUCUGCUGCUGCCCGUGGGAGGCAACAAAGCCAAAGGUGCCACCCAGCCUGGCCCUUGUGCAUCCUGGAGGGAGGAGAGUACCACAGUGAAUCUGGCCAACCAGACAUGCCAGCGCAAGUGCCGGCAUGACCGCGACUGCCUAGGCCGGCGGCAGUGCCUGUGUGAUGGUGCCUGUGGGCUCAGCUGCGUCAUACCUGGCCGGAGUUGCUCAUGGCCAGUGAAGGUAGAGAAUGCCAAGACCCACCUGGUCCAAGACACUCAUAGCUUCGGAGCUCUCAUGGAGGUGACCUGCCAGACGGGCUUCAUCAUGGGCGCCGGGCAGGGGGCAGCACUCAGCCGAUGCCAGGGAGACCGGCGGUGGAGCCUGACCCCACCAUGUCGACGAGACCUGAGCCUGGCGUCCUGUGGGCCUCCGCCAGACAUAGACCACGGCUUCCACCACGGUGCCUCCUAUAGGGCAGGCCAGGAAGUGCAGUACCAGUGCAAGCGGGGGUACCAGCUGGAGGGGGUGGAUACUCUCCAAUGCCAGGAGAACCAGGAAUGGUCUGGGCCUGCACCUGUAUGCCGCUCCAUGUUCUGCCCCCCGCCACAGGCCGUGGCCAAGGGCUACCUGGUAGCGGUGAAGAAGGCACAGUACCGGGCAGGAGAGGUGAUCUACUACCUCUGCAAACGAGGCCUCCUGAUGGACGGCUCCAACCGCGUCAUGUGCCUCCAGAAUGGCACCUGGUCCCCGCAGCCCUUCUGCAGAGCCCGCUGCGAGGUCCCAGCCAAGCGUAGCCGUGUGCUGUACCAGGGAAUGAAGCUGUGGGUUCAGGAGAUCCCUGAGGGACUGGUCCAACAUGGGGAGACUGUAAGCUUCUACUGCCGCAACCACAACCAGACCUGUAGCUACCUGGCGUCAACCCGCUGCUUCGACGGGGUCCUGCCCCUGCCAGUGUGCUACAACGAGCCCACCUGGCUGCAGUACACCCUCUAUCCCAAGCGCGUGGUCUCUGAGAUCCAAUCCUGCUGAACCCUCACCCACCCCUGACAUCCCCCCACCCUCCAAGAUGAACGGACAGAAAGACCCUGGUGCUGGGUCAGGGGUAGGAGCCUGGAAGGAGCCAGAGCCAGCAACACUGAAUGAGGAGACCCAUCCUGCCAGGGCAUUACAUAGCUGCAGGAAGGGAGGGGGCAGUAAGGGGUAGGCCUGCUUUGUCCAUUCUAGACGGUAAAGGGAUCCAGCCCUGGCUUUAGACUCUGCUUCCCCCCCACCCUGGCAUUAUGGGCCACUCUGGGCAGCAGGAUGGAGGACAGCCAAAAUCCCCCCCCCCCCCCCCCAGCUGCCAGGAAAUCCAGUGUCCCCCACCCCACCCACAGGACAUGGGCAGCCAGUCCAUUCCAGGGCUGGGCAACAGGUAUCCACUUCAGUCCCUUCUCUAGUCAUCCUGAGGGGCAUCCAGUCCCAGGUUUCUCCCCGGUCACCAUAGGGCACCUCCUGCCAGUCCUCUGUCCCAGGAGGAACCCAUUUCAGUCUAUUCCAACUCACAAGGAAGGAUGUAGUGCCAGGUUUUCUCCUCUCAGGACACAGCAGGUCCUGGCCUGGGUCCCUGUAAUGGACACCAAGUCCCUCUGUGUGAGGAACAGGAGUGGGAGGAGAGUUCCUCUGGCCUCUCUGGGGUGGGGGCCAACAUGCCCCUUGUAUUUAUUUGUGGUGAAAUCACCAUUUGUAUUAGAGAAAUAAAUCUGAGUGUGAUGCUGAACCCCACCCCAGAAUCCUCUAAGGCAGCAUGACUGGGGGACCCGUGGGUCAGGACCAUAUUGGGGCUCCCCACUGUCUCUGCCCUGGGGAUCUCCCCCCACCAGCUAAGGGAGAGGGUCAGACUGGCAGCUCCAUGGGCUGCCACUGGGAGCCCCCACAGGACAAUCACUCCCUCUAGGCCCUGUGUGUGUGUGGGGGGGGGGAGGCCUCCCACUACAGGGCCCCACCUGGAGCAGGGACAUGGUGCCCGGCGCUGGAGCGGUUUCCUGGAAUGUUCUGUUUUGGUCUUGUCUGGGGCUCAGCCAGGAACACAAGGGCAAAGACCUGGGCGUGUUUGCACAGGAUUAUGAAGGGAUAGAGGGUGAAGGCCAUUGGGGGGGGGGGCGCUGCAACACAGCAGCCCCACACCCACAUCCAUCCACUUGUCUGUCCUGCAAAGCAGGUCGCAGCAGUGCCCAACCGCCCCCCAUGACACCCAAGCCCUUUCUUCCUGGGGAACUGCCUGCUGCUGGAGCCCAGAGCAAAUCACGAGGCCUGUAAAGAGGAAGAGCAGGGCCAGCUCCCUCCUACCCAGAGUUGGCAAGUGUGGGGUAGCCGUAAGGGACCCUACAGGGAGAGAUUCCCAACCUUUGCCACCAGGGGUCAGGGCUGGGCUGUCCUCUGAUGCAGCAAGGAGCUGGGAUCCAGGGCGUAGGGGCCCAGGGCAGUGGUGAGUGGCUGUGUCUCACCCUGUGUGUUCCCUACCCUGUGCCCCCGAGGUUAAUUAUUAGGGACUGGGCUGGUGCAGGCAGGGGAGGGCUGUGCUUGGUGUCCAGGAGGCAGGUGGGAACCCACCAACCCCACUCCUUUCCCAGAGCUGGGGUAGAACCUAGCUGGGGGGGUUUGGGGUAUCAGGGGGCUAUGAUGGGUGGUCCCUGAAGCCCCAGAGUCAUGGCAGGGUGCAUGAGAGUGAGCAGCCCCCUCAGGAUGGAGGCACCUGGACUGCAUUGUGAGAGGCGCAGCAUGGAGGGGAUGUGGAAGGAAAGGCGCAGCAUGGAGGGGAUGUGGAAGGAAAGGCGGGUGGGUAGAGAUACAGAGGGCUGCGUACAGGGACAGACAGACAAGGCUGUGUAGGGUGACAGAGAGAGGGAUGGUACCUAUGAGAAUGAACAAAGCUGUGCAUGAGGACAGACAGACAGGGGUGUGUGUGGGGACAGACAGAUGCGGACAGGGCUGGAUAGAUAGGCAGACAAGCGCUGUCUGCAGACUGGAUAGACUUCCUUGUGCAGACUGGGCCGUGAAGCUUGGAGCACUGUGUCCCACCCUGCAGGGUUCAUGGAUGGGACACGGUGCUUAGGGACAGCUGAGCAGGGUAGAUAGCACCCACAUCCAUCUGUCCUGCCACACGCCGCUCUGGGAAAUGCACUGGCAUGCUGCUGCAGUAGAGGAUACAGUAGGGAUUGAUGGGAGCUAGGGUUGGCAACUGUUUGAAUCUAUUCCGGGAGGUUUCUGGAACACCAACGUGUCCAUGACACACAACGCAAAUGUUCCCGUGUGCUUGUGUGUAUCAGUUACAGAUUAUGGUGCAUAGACUUUACGUCAGGAAGGCAAAUGCACAUUAUUAUUGCAUUUAAAAAAACCCAAUGGACUGCUGUAUAAAUCGGAUUCAACAUCUAA